AUGUCUCACACUCACGGCAGCACCAACGGUCACAGCAAUGGGCAAAAUGCCUCUGCUAUCUCCAGCGCUACCAAGCUUCGUCAGAGGCUGGAAUCCAACGAUAUACUGGUCGCACCGGGUGUCUACGAAGGUUUCAGUGCACGUAUCGCACUUGAGGUGGGAUUCGAGUGUAUCUACAUGACCGGCGCUGGCACUGUCGCGUCUAAGCUUGGCCGGCCCGACCUCGGCUUCGCGUCCCUAAACGACAUGCGUGAACACGCCGAGAUGAUCGCAAACCUCGAUAGUUCUGUACCUUUGAUCGCUGACGCCGAUACCGGCUACGGUGGCCCCAACAUGGUGGCUCGAACUGUCGCGCAAUAUCACCGCUCUGGCGUUGCGGGUCUUCACAUUGAGGAUCAGAUUCAGACCAAGCGAUGCGGGCACCUCGGUGGCAAGGCAGUGGUCGAUAUCGACACCUUCGAACAGCGCAUCGCUGCGGCAUAUAAAACCCGCAAGGAACUCGGUUCUGACAUUGUUAUCAUUGCCAGGACCGAUGCUUUACAGACGCACGGUUUCGAUGAGGCUAUCCGCAGGCUCCAGGCUGCUGUGAGGGCUGGAGCGGAUGUCGGCUUCCUCGAAGGUAUAACCACGGAGAAGGAGGCUCGAGAAGUGUGCCAGAUCAUGGCUCCCACGCCUAUGCUGCUUAACAUGGUGGAGCAUGGAGCGACUCCAUCCUGGACACCCGCUGAAGCUGCCGAGUUUGGGUUCAAGAUCAUCAUCUUUCCUUUUGCAUCUAUUGGCCCGGCUUACCAGGCUAUCAAGGAUGUAUUUGUUCAGAUUAAGGAGACUGGAAGGACCGGGCAAUCUACGGACAUGGAAAAUGAAAUACAGAUCUUACGAGAGCAACUGCGAGCCAGCCAGAGUAACGCAUCAACCUCAUCCCAGCAUAACGAAACCAACUGGCCGGGUCCAGCGCCCAUUGCGACGCCUGGCACCGUCUUUAAUACCCUGUAUUCGACCGAUGCCGGUCUCAAUUUCUCCCCAGUGGGGCGAGAUCCUUCACCAGCAUCUACAACCUUCCCCCAUGCCACCUUGGACAGCUCUGUAACGAAUGAUGCGGACAUGCAAUGUCUUACGACUCGUCCCGGUCUCGACCCACCAUCUCAUCAUCGUGCUUCACUUUUCCCAUUAGCACGGCCACGAGCACUUGGUAAUGUUAUUCUUCAAAUAGAAGAGAUUGACGAGUUGUUUAGUAUGUAUAUCAAGUUCAACAAUCCCUACCUCCCAAUCAUCGACGAGAAGAAAAGCGCACACGAAUACUAUGAGAGAUCAGACUUGCUAUUCUGGGUUAUUAUGGCCGUAGCAGCAAGACGGCACAAAUCGCAGCCAACCCUCCUGCCCAGACUGGCUAGGAAUGUGACGGACCUGUUAUGGAAAACCCUACGGUCCAUGUCAUACUCCAUCUCGACCAUCCGUGCCCUCUGUCUCUUGUGUACCUGGCCGUUUCCCACAAGCAGCAGCACGUCAGACCCUACGUUUAUGCUUGUGGGCACCAUGCUACAAAUGGGCACGCAGAUGGGUCUCCAUUGUGCCUUUGAUGCUCAAGACUUUGCCAAAGUUCCAUUGCAGCUUGAUGUGUCGGAGCGUUCUGAAUGGGCACAGACUUGGGAGGCUUGUAACGUUGUAGCUAUAAGUGUGAGCAUCGGUUGUGGCCUACCGCUGUUCUUCCAGAUUUACGAGUCUCCAUCGGCCAAUCAGUUCGAAUCCUCUCCAGCUGAGUCACCUUUUUAUUUGCGCCUUCAAAUAGAGAGGUUCAAACUUCGCGUCUCCUCAUCAUUGGCGAGACCAAUGCCGAUAGGUGCUGAAGGUGCUUUGAUGCGUGAACGAUCAACUAUGUUUAAUCUACUGAAUUCAGAUCUGGAUGAGCUUGAGAAACGGUUUCCUAGGUCCUGCGACAUUGAGGCUUGGUAUCUCAUGGCUGCCAGACUCCAUCUUCAGGCAUUCUACCUUUUCGAUAAUCCUGCAGUCGAGGGCUACAAAAACCGGAUUGUGGCACUCUUCUCCACAGCCUACAAUCUCGUGGACCUCAGCCAACGGCUCAAUAACCAAGCUCAGGGGUUUUUCGACUACUGUCCUUUCUUCUGUUACCAGACAUAUGUCAACGCUGCGUUUGUGCUGUUAAGAAUUCUUACAAAUGGGUUUUUCAACACCAUCGUUGAUGCCAAAGCUGGAAAACAACUUCUCGAGUCUUCUAUUACUGGACUUCGACAGAUGAGCGUCGUAAACAACGACCUGCCAGCUCGUCUAGGUGAUAUCAUCGGUUUCUUCUGCGCCCUACCCGAUCCCGCAGUUUCCGAAACAGAUUGA